AUGGCUCAGCCUAUUCAUGGAGGAAAGCUUAUCUUCCUAGUGAUUGCACUUCUUGCACUACAUGUCAGUGCCAGGAAGCUACUGGGUGAAGAUCAUGCCUCCUCUUUUGAGGAUCAAAAAUGGUUCCAUCCUCAAGGACUAGGAGGGGGCUUUGGUGGUGGUGGUGGUGGCGGCUUAGGUGGUGGUGCUGGCAUUGGUGGAGGUUUUGGUGGUGGUGCUGGUCUGGGUGGUGGCCUGGGCGGCGGUGGUGGUGGAGGAUUUGGUGGUGGCGGUGGACUUGGAGGGCUUGGUGGCGGUUUCGGUGGAGGUGCUGGUGCAGGAGGUGGGCUCGGUGGUCUAGGAGCUGGCGGUGGGGGUGGCUUCGGUGGUGGUGGUGGGCUCGGUGGUUUGGGUGGUGGAGCUGGUGGAGGAAUUGGUGGUGGACUUCCUUGA